AUGACCUCCCAACCCACCACCACCCCCGCGACCGACGCGCCCCCCACAACAUCAUCAGCACCACCCCAACAACAACCCCCAACCCCAACCACCUCAACCCUCAACCCAACAGCAACCCCCUUCCUCCCCGCCAUCGCCUCCCUCCCCACCCUCGCCCCCACCGCCCAGGCCGCCACCCUCGACCUGCUCUUCGAGCCCUCUCCGGACCUGCACGCCCUCGCCCUGCCCACCAUGCGCGCCCUCUCCUUCGCCUCCUACGACGACCUCAUCGCGACGCUGCGCAAGCAGUUGUUGGAGAUUGCGGAGGUUGUGGUGGGGGAUGAGGAGGGGAGGGGCAGGUUGUAUGGGGUUUUGGGGAGUCAUCCUAGGUUGGGGGAGAAGAGGCCCGGGGUGGUGGUGGGGGGGUUGAGUCGGGGGGAGCAGGCGCAUCUUCAGGGAGAGGAGGAGGAGUUGGGGAGGUUGAAUAAAGAGUAUGAGGAGAGGUUUCCGGGGUUGAGGUAUGUGCUGUGGGUGAAUGGGCGGGCGAGGGGGGAGGUGUUGAGGGAUAUGCGGGCGAGGAUUGAGAGGGGGGAUGUGAGGGCCGAGGAGAGGGCUGUUAUUGAGGCCAUGUGCGAUAUCGCUGCGGAUCGGGCGCGCAAGUUGCUGCAGAAGUCGGCCGAGGAGGCAGUGGAGAAUACCAAGAGCUGA